AUGUCUACGGAUACCAAAAACCAAGUCAAAAUCAAAUUCACAACCAAUGAACAAGAUGAAAGUCUAAAAAUAGACGAAACACCAUUAUUUGUACCAACGUCAUUAAAAAGAUUUGGGUUAUCAGAAAUUGUAAAUCAUUUAUUAGGCAAUAUCAACAAGGAUGAAAUAGAAGAUGAAAUAGAAGAUAGGAAACCAAUACCGUUUAAUUUUUUAAUCAAUGGAACUUUAUUACGUACAUCAAUAGAUGAUUACCUUACAAAAAAUGGAUUAUCAAAUGAAGCAUUUUUAAAUAUAGAAUAUACAAGAGCUAUACUACCACCAAGUUUUCAAGCUUCUUUUAAUAAUGAUGAUUGGAUUUCUUCAAUUGAUUCAAUAAAUAAAACUAGUCCUGCUGUAACGACAUCACAAUUGAGUAUAAAUAAUCCUAAAAUUUUAAGUGGCUCAUAUGAUGGAGUUGUAAGAGUAUAUAAUAUGUCAGGAAAAGUUGAAAAACAAUACGUUGGACAUUCAGCACCUAUAAAAUCAGUUAAGUGGAUAUCACCAACAAGAAUAGUAUCAAGUGGUAAUGAUAGACAAGUAAGAUUAUGGAAAACACAAUAUGAAGAUAUAGUUGAACAAAAUGAAGAUGAUGAAGAUGAUGAAAUAGAAGAUGGUAAAACUUUAGCCAUUUUAGAAGGUCAUAAAGCUCCAGUGGUUGAUCUAGAUGUAAAUCAAGCAUCAAAUAGAAUAUUGAGUGCUGGAUAUGAUAAAAACGUUGGGUUUUGGUCAACAAACUAUAAAGAAAUGUCAAAAAUUGAAAUACCUGAAUAUGAUUCAAAUGUUAUAUCUACAUCUUCUAAGAAGAGAAGAAAAAUGGCAUUACAAGAUUCAACUAUAAGACGUCGUUCACCAUUAAGUUUAUUACAAGGUCAUACAGAACCAGUUGAAGGUGUUAUAUUUGAUUCAUUUGAUAAAACUGUUGGUUAUUCAGUUUCUCAAGAUCAUACUAUUAAAACAUGGGAUUUAAUAACUUCAAAAUGUGUAGAUACUAGAACUACUGGAUUUUCAUUACUUUCUAUAUUACAAUUACCACAACUUAAUUUAAUAGCAACUGGUUCAUCAGCACGUCAUAUAAAUUUACAUGAUCCAAGAUUAAACAAUACAAUCAGUAAUGAAACAAUAAAUAACAAAUUAGUUGGUCAUACAAAUUUCGUAGUUGGAUUAAGUUCAUCACCUCAUAAUUCAAAUAUGUUUGCAUCAGCAUCUCAUGAUGGAACUGUUAAAGUUUGGGAUAUAAGAGCUGAUAAAUCUUUAUACACAAUAACUAGAGAAGAUGGAUCAAGAAAUAAAAAAAUAUUUGAUGUUUGUUGGGAUAAUGAUAUUGGGAUUAUAAGUGGUGGAGAAGAUAAAAAAAUACAAAUUAAUAAAGGAUCAGAUAUAUCUUAG